AUGCCCAGGGAGGCGGCCCACGCGGAGCAGCUGCUGCCGGAGGCCGGCGGCCCAGGUCAGCGCACAGAUUUGUCCUGUGAUGCUGCUGCUGCCGACAUGCCAAGUGGGGACCAGCGGGAGCGCUGUGCCCCACAACCAGUGCCCAAGCCCCUGGCUGUCACGUUCCUACCUAGCAAGCCCGGCACCCGGCCCCAGCCUGAGGGGGCCAGCUGGGAUGCAGGGCCGGGCCAGGCUCCAUCGGCCUGGGCUCUCCCAGCUGAGGGCCGGCCUGAAGAGGCUUCCCUCCCAGCCACUUUGGAGCCCCGGGUUGUGAUGGGUGAGGAGACCUGUGGGCCCUUCCUACUGCCCAAAGCAGCCCCCACAGAGCUCAGGGACUGGGCAGGUGGGCACGCUGACCUAAACCCACCAGAGUUGUGUUCUCAGGGUGACCCUUCUGUGCCUUGCCCUCAUGCAGACCCCGAUUCCUACUUCACGCCCCCCUCAACCCCUCUGCAGGCCACGUGUGUCCUGCCUCCAGGCCUCGGGCCCUGGGACUCUGAGGCAGAGCUGCUGGGCUCGCCUCCCACUUCACCCUCAGGCUCCUACAUCACAGCAGAUGGGGACAGCUGGGCCUCCUCCCCAUCCUCUUCCCUCAACAUGCUGGCCCCCGUGGAAGGGCUGGAACUCCCCUCGGCUUGGGGCUUCUCUCCUCAAGGCAGCGUGGCUGAGGAGUGGAGGCCUUGUGCCGCCAGGCCCCAGGGCCCGUCCUCGUCCUCAUCCAGCCUCUCAGCCGACAGCAGCUCUUCCUGGAGUCAGGAGGAGCAGCUCUUUGACUUAGACUUUCUGACAAGUGACUCAAUGAUCCCCGCGGCUCUCCUGCCCUUCCAGGGCAGCCUCAUCUUCCAGGUGGAUGCUGUGGAGGUCAUGCUGCUGCCCUCCCCAGAGCAGGAGGCGGCAGAGGCCAAGGUCCCGGGGCCUGGCCAAGCCCCGGGGGACGAGGGGGAGGACGACAGCACAUCUGCCUCCUUCCUGCAGUCCCUGUCAGAUAUCUCCAUCACUGAGGGCAUGGAUGAGGCCUUCGCCUUCCGGGAUGACACCUCAGCAGCCUCUUCCAACUCGGACUCGGCCUCUUAUGCGGAGGCGGACGAUGAGAGGCUGUACAGUGGGGAGCCCCACGCCCAGCCCAGUGCCCUGCUCGAGGACGGUGGGUGCAAGGUUGAGGAGAGACAGGAGUCCUGGACCCCAUCCUCAGGCCAGGAGGGGCCCACACUGCUAGUCUGGAAAGGAGAAGUGGCUGACAUAAUGCCAGCUCAGCAGCCACAUGGGGAGGAGGGUGUCCUCUCAGGCCGGGAGGCAGCCACCCCAGCAACAUCUCACACUUGGCUGGCAGAAGUGGGCCCACCCCAUUCUGGGGAGGAAGAGACAGAUCCUUGCUUAGGGCAGAUGGAAGCUGCCAGGGUGACACCUGUGGUCCUGGUAGAAGACGGCCUUGCCUUGGGCCAGAUGGCUGUGGCAUCACCUCUUACCUUACAGGAAGAAGUCAAUGCUACCACAGCCCAUAAAACUGCUGCUACAGAAACACCUCAAAUCCUGCAGCAGGAAGUCAGCCUCACCCCAUGUCCAGAUUCGCUUGGUAUGUCAGAGACUCUGCACAAGGAGGAGGUUGACCCAGACCUCACCUCAGGCCAGGAGACUGUUGCUACCGCAACACUUGUGCCCCUGUAUGAAGGAUGUAUGUUAUGCCAUGAGUCUGUUUCGAUGACAACACCUCUUCCUCUGCAAAGAGUAGCAGCUUUGCCCUUAGACCCGGGGCCUACUGCUAUGGUAACCCUCCAGACCCUGCAGAAGAAAGCAGGCUGCCCCCUAGGGACAGUGCCUGCUGCUCCCAUGGCAGCCCUGGCUGAGCGUGAAGUAGGUGUGGCCCUAGGACUGAUGCCUACUUCGGAGGUAGUGGCUGUGGCCAGACCAUUGGCCCCGGAGCCAGCAGCGGAACCUGUAGCCUUGGAGCAGGCCCAAGAAGAUGGAGAAGGCUCCACCUUAGAUCUGGAGCUGGUGGUGAAAGCCGUGACUCCCUGGACCUUGGGGAGAGAUGGAGGUGUCUUCUCAGAGUCUGUACCUGCCAGGGACGAGGGACAGAAAGCAAUGGGGGGCCCUGUGGAGCCUGAGCCAAUGGAGGGCGGAGGCUUCCAGCACACAGAUGAUGGGACCAAGGAGCUCGAGAGCCAGGGCAGCGUAAGCCUCUGUGUGGGGACCCACGGUGCUGGGAAGACUCUGGGGUCUAGCAGCCAGGAAGGUGGGCCUGAGCUGCCUGCAUCUGUAGCUUCAGGGGUACAGCUCUGUUCCAGCCCAGAGUCUCCAGCAGGUGCUGCCCCUGGACCUGACAAGGACUGCCCUGGAGAACCCAGGCCUGCUACAACUCCCUCGGCCCCCUUCUGGCAGCCAGAGACUGGGGUAAGGGGCAGCCCCAGGGCCCCCCAUCCUAGCCGGGGUGUCAGGGAACGGGCCCAAGAGGCUUCUAGCCGCCCCAGUCACCUCUCUUGCCAGUCCCCAAAACCAUGUGCCCAGGACAGGUUCCAGCAACCCAACGUCUCUCCACCUGGUGUCCUCACCGAGUCUGCCCCUGCCCCUGCCCCUUGCCUUUGCCAGGGGCCUGGAGGAGACUGCAGGGACCACAAGCCUCUGGGUUUGCCAGGUCUCCAGCUGCUCAGCCCAGAUGCUCAGCAGGUAGUAGAGGCCAUCUCAGGAAACCCAGGGCCUCCUGUACCCAGACAGCAGGUUGGCCACGCCCCGCUCCUUAACCCCAAGGCAGCCCCUGUGGGGGGUCCCCAUGCCAAAGACCCAGCUGCUGGCACCUGCACCCCCUGCCAAGUGCCUCCAGGCUCCAGGCCCCGCCCCCCAGCCAGCCCUCAGGGGCUCCCAGUUCCUGAGCUGCAAGAAGACCUGGACAGUCUGGAGGAAGACUCACUGCUGGCUCCAGGCUCGGACAGCCACGCGGACUCAUCAGCCCCCGAGAUGGAGCAGGACCCCGCAGCCCCUCGGACAGCACGGUGCCCACCCCAGGUCCCAGCAGUGAGCAGCAGUGAUGAGACCAUCACCAAAGCCAAACAGAGCCGCAGUGAGAAGAAGGCCCGAAAGGCUAUGUCUAAGCUGGGCUUGCGGCAGAUUCAGGGUGUCACCAGGGUCACCAUCCAGAAAUCUAAGAACAUCCUCUUUGUCAUCAGCAAACCUGACGUCUUUAAGAGCCCAGCUUCUGACACCUACGUGGUCUUUGGCGAGGCAAAAAUCGAGGACCUAUCCCAGCAAGUGCACAAAGCCGCAGCGGAGAAGUUCAAGGUGCCUGCUGAGCCCUCAGCCCACACCACCGAGUCAACCCCAGGGCUACAGGCAAAGCCAGAGUGCCCGGAGGAGGAGGAGGUGAAGGUGGACGAGGCAGGGCUGGAACUUCGGGACAUUGAGCUGGUGAUGGCUCAGGCCAGUGUAUCCCGGGCCAAGGCUGUGCAGGCCCUCAGGGACAACCACAGUGACAUCGUCAAUGCCAUCAUGGAGCUGACUAUGUAG